UCAGGUUGCAGGGAUUAAAGGGAUGUUGAUUGCAAACAAGAGGCAAGACAACCAGGUGAAGACCUUCAUGACCUACAACAAGGGCCGGGACUGGAGGCUCCUGCAGGCUCCUGCCACUGACCUGGAUGGAAACGACAUUCACUGCAUACUGCCUUUCUGUUCACUCAAUCUACAGCUGCAAACAUCAGAGAACCCUUACCUGUCAGGAACAAUCUCCACCAAGAGUUCUGCACCGGGGAUUAUAGUCGCCACAG